CUUAAAACAUCAUGCUCAUUACAGAUACUUUCAUACAUUAUGUUAUUUGAAAUAUUUGCCGUUUAAUAAGAAAAAAAACUCUUGAGCAGCCACUAAUCAAAAGAAUCUGAGGAUUAAAAAAAGGAAGGCUAAAAAUAAACAAAGAUGCAUAUGGAAACAGUGAAUUAUGAUGAAGCGGCCCAUUGGAAUGAUAAUCAAUAUAUACAGUCACCAUCAGUAACUAAUUUAAGAAUGAGUAGAUUUCGACGUAUCACUUCAAUGACAUGUUUAUUCAAUAUAAUUAUAACAAUAGCUCUCAUUUUGAUGACUGUGAUUGUUAUCAUAUUUGCUUUAUCAUACUUCGGGAUAUGGUUUAAUAAUUCACAACCAAAUGUUGUAAAUAUUUUCUGUGGACAAAUUAAAGGUGUUCAAAAGGAUGAUUAUACAAUAAGUUAUUUAGGAAUACCAUACGCUUUACCACCAAUUAAUGAGAAUCGUUUCAAACCUCCCAUUCAUUUAUCUUCAAAGAAAUUAUGUCAUGAAGCCUGGGAACUAAGUAACACUACAGUGAUAAACUCGAUUUAUUACACACAAAACUACAAACCUUCAUGUUUACAAUUACUACCGAAAUCCUCAGGGAAUGCAUUUGAUGGUAGUGAAAAUUGUCUUUACCUAAAUAUACAUGUACCAAUUAAUAAAAAGACAAUAAAUCAAGCAAAACCAGUAAUUAUUAUAAUAGAUGGAUUAUUUUUUAUGUACAGUAAUGAACCAAAACAGCCUAGCUCAGAUACUAUAUAUAAAACGGAUGCCAUACAUGUAACAUUUAAUUAUCGAAUUGGUCCAUUUGGAUUUUUACCUCAUCCAUAUGAAAAAAUACCAAAUCUUGGAUUACACGAUCAAUUAUUAGUUUUACAAUGGAUUCGUAAUAAUAUUGCACAAUUUGGUGGUGAUCCAUUCAAUGUCAUUUUAUUUGGUUAUGGUUCUGGUGCAACAUGUGCAUUAACAUUAUUUUAUAGUUCAAUAAGUAAUCAAUUAUUUGAUAAAUUAUGGAUUACUGCUCCUGGAUUAAGUUUAUUAAAUGUAUCCGUAAAUGAUGUCAUUGAAACAAUUCAUUAUGCAUUAAAUUGUCAUGAUGAUAUAAAUCCUAAUAAUUGUUCUAAUUAUAAAUUAAAUAAUUCAAUAAAUAUAUUAAAUAUAUGGAAUUGGACUAUCAUUGAACAAUGGUUAAUGAAUUCUAUAUUUAGUUUACCAUCUAUUCAUGAAUUCAAUAAUAUUAAUACAAAUAGAUUGAUUAAUAUUUUAAUUAAUGAUAAUCAAUUUGUAAAUAUUGAUUUAUGGAAUAAAAUUCUUAUACCAAAUAGUAUUAAACCAAUGGUGAUUGGACAAACCUCACAUGAAGUAUCCAUUUAUCCUACACCUAAAACAAUACCAUUUUGGAAUAAAAAUAUUUAUCAAAAUUAUAUAAUUGAAAAAUUAAAUAUAAAAAAUAUUACAUCAUAUAAUCAAUAUAUUGAUUAUUUUUUAUCAAAUCAUUCUAAUCAUAUAAAUUGUAAAUAUAUGAAUAAUAUAAUAGAGAAUAAGACAAUUGAUAAAGAUCAUGAUUGGUUAUCUAAUUUAAUGUUAUUAAUUACUGAUAGUCGAUUAACCUGUCCAUUAACUGAAUUAGUAAAUACAUUUAUAAAUCAAUAUUAUCCAAUAUAUCAAUAUUAUUUAACUGGAAAUCAUAGAUGUUUUGAUCCAUAUUCAUUAAAUGGUUAUGUAUCAUAUGCAUUUCAUGGUUGGGAUGCAAUGUUAUAUUUAAGAACUUAUGAAAUACAUAAUGAUUUUAUAGAUCCAAGUUUAUUACAAUUAAAUGAUUUAUAUCAUAAUGAAAAAGAAUUAAAUCAAUUAAGAAAUAUUAGUGAUUUACUUAAUAUAGCAAUGUAUCAAUUUGCAAGAACUGGUUAUAUAUCUAAUUGGUAUGAAUCAAAAAAGGGGCAAUAUAAUGUGAAUUUAAUUGAAAAUGAUCAAUUAUGUAAAUAUGUAAAUAUAAUGAAAGAACGUUGUACUUAUUGGAAAUUAUUAUUUAAUAAUAAUUUAUUUCAAUCAACAUGGAAAUUUUAAUUUAUUGAUUUUUUCUUCUUCUUUUUAUAUUAUACUAUAUAAUUGGGACAUUUUUUAUAAUCUACUGUUAUGAUAUCAAGAGAAAAUCUUCAAUAAAAGAUCUUUGAAGAAAUGUAAUCAAAUACAAAAAAAAUAUCAAAUUGAAGAGGAAAAAGUUGUAUCUUAUUUUUUUUUAAACAAACAAAUAUGAUCUAAAUCAAUAUUAUCGUUACAAACGACAAACAUGUCGUCCAUGUAUCUUACAUAUAAGUGAAAUCGAUUGAUUAUUGAAUAGAGUUGGUCACAAAACUAGAAAACGACCAACUCACUACAAUGAUCAAUCGAUUUCACUUAUAUGUAAGAUACAUGGACGACAUGUUUGUCGUUUGUGACGAUAAUAUUGAUUUAGAUGAUAUUUUACACACUUUCAACUUAUGCCACCUUUCCAUAAACAAAUAUGAUUUUAAAAUUUAAACAAAACAAAACUAUCUUUUUAAUUACAUCAGUAACCUGUUGACACUUCUCUUUAUGUUUAUUUUAUUGAAGGUAAUAUAAUAUAAUAAUAUAUUGGAUUGUAAUAACUUAUACCAAUUUAACUUGUAUAGUUUUUAAAAGAAGUAAAUGAUUACAGAAUUAUCAUUUAAUUUAAUUGCUUUGUUUCAAGA